GGAGCGGUUUUGCAACAUGGCGAUUAUGUAGUCAUCCAAAGGCAAUGGCAGUGGUCAAGGAGAAUGCAGGUGUGACAACGGUAAAGGAACCAUCGUUUUCUAAGGAAAGAGGUCGUUGGUGAGGAGUACAGACGGAAGACCGAGUGAAUUACGCUGAAGUGCGCUUCUUUCCAGUUGGGCGGUGCUCGAUGAGCACCGUUUAUAGUAAAUGGACAAUAGGACGACGGAUGAAGAAAUGGGCUAUAAUGCAAAUUGAGGGUUCAAACAUCGACUUGGCAGCAAUGGUAAUGAAUUUCUAUUGGAAUUGGUUGCUGCAGUCUCGGUGUCCCUUUUUAUUGUUCCUUGUUGCCCAAUUGCGUCAUUACUUAAUGAAACCUGCGACAAAUUUGGCGGAUCCAUUACGACGGAUGAAAACUGACGAGUGA